AAAAUUUACCAACCACAGAGAGAGCCAGAGACUAUAGAGGGUCUAAGAAAGGAGCACACUGACGCUCAUUCCCUCGAAGAACUAGGGUUAGGGUUCCAGAUUUUGGGGUGUGGAGGAGCACUCGAAAAUGCUCAACGGUGAUCCUUCUUUGGCUUCUGUCACUUACCUCACCACCGAGCAAAUUCAAAAGUAUCUGGAGGAAAAUAAGCAGCUGAUUCUAACUAUAAUGGAGGGUCAGAACAUGGGAAAGUCCAUUGAGGUUGCCCAAUAUCAAGCCAAGCUUCAGCAGAACUUGACUUUUCUCGCCAAACUCGCUGAUACUCAAUCUCAAGCACCCGUACCCUCUCAGUCAUCCCAGGUUGUUAUGCAACAAGGACAGGGCAGCAGCCAGCAACCUCACAUGGCAAUGUCUCAGCAACAACCAGAUGUUCCUAUGUUGCCUUUCGAUAUGAAAGAUCAGCAGCAACAUCAUCUAGCAAUGUCUCUGCAACAACCAGACCUUUCAACUUCAAAAUUGCCUUUUCAAUUGAAUGAUCAGCAGCAGCAACUUAAACAGCAAGCCUUCUUCCAGCAACAGCAGCUCAUCCAAGGGCAAGUAAAUAGGUUUCCUGGCACCAACAGUGGCAGUAAUCAGAGCCCCCAACCUAGACUUGGUAUCAAUCUGUCAGGGAAGCAAGACAUCAACCAUAUUGGCUUAGAUGCAAGUUCCAGUGGGUCUCUCGGGAAGUCACCGCUUGGUCGUAACAGUGGAAAUACUUGACCAUGAACUUUUUGUUAAUAUGAUUGCUAAGCCCACUUAAAAGUGAUCAGCACUUCAUAUUUUUUUGUAGCUUAUACCGACAAAAGUCCUUGCUCCUGUAUUCCUUGGCCACGGAAUUGCAAAACGCACCCUCAACGAUUACAAAGGGAUUUUUAAA